GUUUCUCUCUCUCUCUCUCUCUCUCUCUCUCUCUCUCUGAAUUACAUAUAUAGAUACAUAGAGAGAUAUUGCAAGAGACAACAUACAACAUUAUACAUAGAUAGAUCAACAAGAAGAAGAGAUGGAGCUUGUUGAUACUACAAAGAUUCAACAACAACAUUUUCAUGUCUUGGCAGUUGAUGAUAGUGUCAUUGAUAGAAAACUCUUGGAGAGGCUCCUUAGAGAUUCUUCAUGCAAAGUUACAUGUGUGGACUCUGGUGACAAGGCUUUGAAAUAUCUUGGGCUUGUUGAUGAUGAUGAUGAACAUCAAAAUAAUAAUAAUAAUAAUAGUUCUUCUUCAUCAACCUCUUCAGAAUCUUCAUCAUUUUCUAAUUCUUCUCCUUCUCCUCACCCAUUACAACAAGAGGGAAUGAAAGUGAAUUUGAUCAUGACGGAUUAUUGCAUGCCUGGGAUGAGUGGCUAUGAUUUACUUAAACGAGUCAAGGGAUCUUCUUGGAAAGAUGUUCCAGUUGUGAUUAUGUCAUCAGAAAAUGUACCUUCCAGAAUCACCAUGUGCUUGGAAGGAGGGGCAGAAGAGUUUCUAUUGAAACCUCUUCAGUCAGAAGAUUUAAAGAAGCUUCAACCCUAUUUUCUGAAACCACUUGAUAAUAAUUCAAGUGAAGAAGGAGAAUCUGCUAAUAGUUCUAUAGAUUCAGACAAUGAAAAUAAUCUCAUCAGCAACAAUAAUAAUAUUAACAAUAAUAAUAAUAAUAAUAAUAACAAUAAUAAUAAUAAUAAUAAUAAUAGUAUUAGCAAAAGGAAGGCUAUGUCUCCUGAUGAGCCUCCAGAAAGAUCAAGACCCAAAAUGAAAGGGUUGGAAGUGGUGUAAACAAAAUGAAAAGAAAAAACAAAA